CUGCUGGGCCUGGUAGACCACGAGCGUUCGGUUCCGGCGCAGCCGCGACAGAAGCGGAUCUACGACCUGCGGAACGUGGAGCGGCUGCUGGGUCGGAUGGGCGACCCGCACCGACAGCGGGGGACGGUUCACGUGGCGGGCACCAAGGGCAAGGGCAGCACGGCGGCGAUGGUGGAGUCGAUAGCGCGGGCGGCGGGAUAUUCCACGGGGUUCUAUUCGUCGCCGCACCUGCACUCCUUCUGCGAACGGAUUCGGCGGGACGGCCAGCCGGUUUCCCGGGAGCGUUUCGCGACGCUAACCGACGCGGUAUGGCCGCACCACCUGGACAACGCGGCCGAUCCGGAGGCGGGUCCUGCGACGCUGUUCGAGUACCUGACGGCGAUGGGUUUCCAGUGCUUUGCGGAAGACGCCGUCGACGUGAGCGUGAUCGAGGUUGGACUGGGCGGGCGGCUGGACGCGACCAACGUGGUGACGCCGGAGGUGAGCGUGGUCACGCCGGUGAGCCUAGACCACAUGGCGAUCCUGGGGGACACCAUCGGGGAGAUUGCAGCAGACAAGGCGGGGAUCAUCAAACGGGGAGCGCCGGUGGUGGUUGGGCCGCAAUUCCCCGAGGCGAUGGAGGCGAUAAACCGGGCCGCCGCCGAGCAGUCCGCGGCGAUGAUCCGCAUCGGCGAUGACAUCACCUGGGAGGUUGAGGAGGCAUCGGCGGAGGGUCAGCGACUGGAGAUACGAGGGGGCGAACGCAGCCACGGCGGUGGGCGCGGCGGAGGCGUGGCCGACGCCGGGUACUCGAUUGACGGCCAUGCGAUUGCAGGGGGACUGGAGUCGGUGGAGUGGCCCGGGCGCAUGGAGGCGCUGCGGCAAGAGCCGACGGUGGUGGUGGACGGGGCGCACAACGACCACUCGGUAGCGACGCUACUGGCGACGCUGUCGACCUACGUAUCGCACCGGAACCUGAUAGUGGUGGCCGGGUUUUCACGGGACAAGCGGGUGGACGCGAUGGUCGAGCUGCUGGCGGAGCGGGCGGACCAGGUGAUUGCCACGCGCUCGCGACACCCGCGCUCGAUGCGGCCGGCGGAGAUCGCGCAGGAGUUCCUGGAUCAGGGGAUGGCGCCGGACCGGGUCGGCAUCUCCGCGCACACGGGAGCAGCGGUGGCGGAGGCCGUGGCAGCGGCGGACGCUGACGACCUGGUGCUGGUCACGGGGUCGCUGUUCGUGGUCGCCGAGGCGAGGGAGGCGAUCCUGGGGAUAGAACCGGAGACCUAUCCCGACCUGCUGCCGCCGGAUUUACGUUAA